CUGCUGUUGAUGCUCGGCAUCUGCAGCACGGUGGAGGUACAGUCCCACCACAUACUUGGUCUCUUUGUCAAUGUGCAUCGCUCCCAGCUGCUGGUGCACAUGGCCGUGGCUCGUGCUUUGCUGCAACGGGGUCAUCAGCUAACGUUGGUCACCACGCUCCCCUUGGCGGAGGUGGAACUGCAAGGCAACGUCACACACAUUCUGGUGCCGUGGGAACAGCCAGCGGAUGAGGGUAAUCUUGGAACAUCCUCGGAUUGGCUGCUGCGUCUGCAGCGGAUGUUUAACCGCUUGGAGCAGUCGGGGGAUCUCCUCGAUCAGCCAGCCUGGAAAGACUUCCUGAAUCUGUCACCCAAGCCCCACUUUGAUCUGUUACUUUUGGGCUACCAUUUCAAUGAUCAUCUUUUGGGCGUGGCUGCUCACUUCAAUUGUCCAGCGGUGAUUGUCUCCACCCAACAGCCGAUUGGAUUUGUCAACAGUCUCAUGGGGAAUCCAGAGGAACGCUGGUAUGUGUCUCAGCCAUAUGACAGUCGGCAGCGUAGUGGAAUCUCUGCCUGGCUCUUUGGCGUGUGGGAAAAGCUAAUGGAAAUGGUGGCGCGGAGAGUUCUGCAAAAGAUUUACAGUUCACAUUUUCCGGAGCCGCACUAUCCCCCAUUUGAGACAAUGCGUCGUUCUGUUGUCUUGGCUCUGAAUAAUCAUCAUAUGAUCAGCGAGGGACCCAUUGCGCCGCUAUUGCCCAGCAUGAUUGAUAUAGGUGGAAUACUCUUGGAGCAAAAGUUGAAUGAGACUUUGCCAGAGGUUUCGAGGAAUCGUUCUCUCAUCAUCUUCAGCUUGGGCACCCGCUUCACGUGGAAAAGAUCUCCUGGGCAUUUGGUUAAGACCUUCACAAAGGCGUUUGCUCAAUUCCCAGACUAUGAUAUCUAUUGGACCUACGAUGGACUCAAUGCCAGUGAAAUUAUGUCGCAUCAUUCCCAUCUAAAGUUGGCCAAAUGGUGGCCCCAGCGGCACUUGCUGGGCCAGCAGCAGACGUGCCUCUUCAUCACACACGGCGGCAAGGGCAGCCUCACCGAAGCGCUGUACCAUGGAGUGCCCAUGUUGGGGCUACCCUUGCUGGGAGAUCAACGAGCCAAUCUUCAAAAGAUGGAAGCCAAAGGCUGGGGUUCGACUUUGUCUAUGCAGAAUGUCAGCCAUGUAGAGCUGUCCAAGGCAAUGGGAAGAAUUCUCAGCCAUUCCCGUUACUCCGUGAGUAUAUCGACAGCUUCCCAUCUCUACCGCGAUCGUCCGAGGAAUGCCAGCGAUCUGGCAACCUACUGGCUGGAGUAUGUCAUACGUCACAGGGGGGCGAAGCACCUGUACAGUCCCGCCCGGCAGCUAAACUUUAUCCAGUAUUACUCAAUCGAUGUCUAUGCGCUGAUCUAUGGCGGAUUGUUGCUGCUAAUUGGAAUCUUUAGCAGAAUAAACCAAAAGAUUUCUGUGACUAGAAGUAUCGUUUAAUUGAAUACAGAUACACACGGUAAAUAGCUUAAGAUAUGAACUUAAUCGAGAUAACUUAAGUACACUUGAAUGUUAGUUGCAAUACUUCUGAACGGAACUUGUAUCAGAUGCAGUGGGAUAGCUGCAUCGCAUAGUUUAAUAUAUAGUAGAUAGUAAAUAUGCAUUAAU